CUUGACCAGAACCAUGUCGUUUGAUAACGUGUACUACAAGCGGGCAGUGGCGACGGCGAAGGGGUGCUAUGUCUGCUAUAAACCCACGACAACAGUGUUGGCCACAAUCAACACGACGGACUUCCUAUACACUUGUCCGGCGCAUCUAACCGACCCGAACUUCGCCACCCAACUCCAGAGCACGCCGAGUGCCUCGAAAGGUGCUGUGAGCGCGGAAGAGAUCGCAAGGGUAAAGGCGGAGUACGAAGAGAAGCAAAAACGCAAGCAGCAGAAGGAUGGAAAGGCAAAGGAGGGGGAUAAGCCAACGGCCGAGUCCGGGUCGUUCUUUGGGUUAUUCAAAGGAGGAGGAGGGGAGAGCGCUGAAAAGGACAAGGACAAGGAGAAGAAGGACGAUUCCAAAGCCAGUACACCAGCGCCACCGGGAGGGUUGCCAUCGACGCCGCCUGCACCCGCAACACCCGCGCACCAACGAUAUGCUUUGCAUCGAGACUUCUUUGCCAUGCGCCAAGCGGAGCAUCGUAAAAGACGACAAGCUGCUCAAGCCAAAGAGCUUGCGCCACGAUUGCCACAUGCGCCGAUGGGAAGUACUUCGUAGGGAUCGGGUUGGGGGAGGUUGG